AUGCCUGCUCUCCUCGAGCAAGACGCCGCUCCGCCCGGUCGUCUCCUCCUGCUGUCGAACCGCUUGCCCAUCACCAUCAAGCGCGAGGAAGAUGGCAACUAUCAAUUCUCCAUGUCCUCCGGCGGUCUCGUCACUGGCCUCAGCGGUCUGUCCAAAACCACAAGCUUCCAGUGGUACGGCUGGCCUGGCCUCGAGGUUCCCGAGGCAGAAGUCGCUGGCAUGAAGCAGCGCCUCAAGGACGAAUACGGCGCCCACCCCGUCUUCGUCGACGACGACCUCGCCGACCGCCACUACAACGGCUUCUCCAACUCGAUCCUCUGGCCCCUCUUCCACUACCACCCCGGCGAGAUCACCUUUGACGAGAGCGCCUGGGCUGCGUACCAGGAGGUCAACCGCCUCUUCGCCAAGACGGUCAUCAAGGACGUCCAGGACGGCGAUCUGAUCUGGGUCCACGACUAUCACCUCAUGCUGUUGCCCGAGAUGCUGCGUGAGGAGGUGGGAAACUCCAAGAAGAACGUCAAGAUUGGCUUCUUCCUGCACACACCCUUCCCCUCCUCUGAGAUCUACCGUAUCCUGCCUGUGCGCGAGGCCCUUCUCGCCGGCCUCCUCCACUGCGAUCUCAUCGGCUUCCACACCUACGACUAUGCUCGUCACUUCCUGUCCAGCUGCUCCCGCAUUCUCUCAACACCGACGACACCCAACGGAGUCGAGUUCAAGGGACGCUUCGUCACCGUCGGUGCCUUCCCCAUCGGCAUCGACCCCGAGAAGUUUGUCGAGGGCCUCCAGAAGCCCGUCGUCCAGAAGCGCAUCGAGGCCCUGAAGCGCAAGUUUGAGGGCGUCAAGCUCAUCGUCGGUGUCGACCGCCUCGAUUACAUCAAGGGCGUGCCCCAGAAGCUCCACGCCCUCGAGGUCUUCCUCACCGAGCACCCCGAGUGGAUCGGCCGCAUCGUCCUCGUCCAGGUGGCGAUCCCGUCGCGCCAGGACGUCGAGGAGUACCAGAACCUCCGCGCCGUCGUCAACGAGCUCGUCGGCCGCAUCAACGGCCGCUUCGGCACCAUUGAGUUUAUGCCGAUCCACUUCCUUCACCAGUCCGUCUCCUUCGAGGAGCUGACGGCCCUGUACGCCGUCUCGGACGUCUGCCUCGUCUCCUCGACCCGCGACGGCAUGAACCUCGUCUCGUACGAGUACAUCGCCACGCAGCGCGAGCGCCACGGCGUCAUGGUCCUCUCCGAGUUCACCGGCGCCGCCCAGUCCCUGUCCGGCUCCCUCAUCGUCAACCCCUGGAACACCGAGGAGCUCGCCAACGCCCUCCACGACGCCGUCACCAUGUCCCCCGAGCAGCGCGAGGCCAACUACAAGAAGCUCGAGCGCUACGUCUUCAAGUACACCUCGGCCUGGUGGGGCCAGUCCUUCGUCAACGAAAUGACCCGCCUCUCCUCCGACGCGAGCCACCAGCCCAAGGCCAUCGGUACCGUCGCCGGCAGCGUCGCCGCCGGCGCCCAGGCCGUCAAGGGCGCCGUCGAGGGCAUCUUCAACAGCGAGGUCGCCAAGGCGGAGGCCGAAAAGGAGGCUGCGUAG